AUGGCCAGGACUGUGAGGAAACUGAAACGAGGUAAAUUGAGAGAGGUGAAACUCCCGGCUAUAGUAAUAACUCCGCCUGAGAUAGACAUGAGAUUUAAAUCCACAAAUUACAAGGAAAACUCAAUAAACAACAUGGAAUUCAGCGUACACGAUUUAAUAGCUCAGUUAUCUGAAAACUCGAAGGCUUCUAAGGAGGAAAUCGAAACCAUUCAAAGAAAACUCCUCCAUCAGGCUAGUGAGAUACUAAAAGUAGACAAAUUCGCCAACCAAACUCAUUCAUUUGUGAGCGCCAACCAAAAUUAUACCCCAAUUUAUGGUCGACCGAUAUCUGUCCAAAGACAGAUGAUCAAUCAAGACUCUCAAUUAGUGCCCGAGAAGUUACAAGAGAAUACGAGCACAAAGCAUCAAGUAGUGAGCGCGGGAAGAGGUUUCAACGGAACUGGUUUUGAGGCUCGAGCCAGCAGUGUACGACCAACCGCGCGAGGUACAUCAGAGCCGGUGCCUCCGUACAGAAUGCCGCCAGCACCCGAGGCGGCUCUGCCCGGUGCCCCCGCUCCCACAGCCCAGGGCAUACACACGCACGCCAAGUUUCCCAUAGAGCGAGAUGUAAUCCUGUCGUCUGGUGAUAAGAAUUCAAAAGUGCCGAUAUUACAAGAGGCUAGGAAGAGAGGGAGGUUGGGAGCAGUGGCGCCUGAUACACCACCUAAAGCCUUGUCAGCGUGGACUCAUACUGAGAAUCAACAAGCCGGUCCAUCUGGUGACUUUAGACAAUACGAACAAAACUACGGGUAUGCUAUGCACCAAAACGUUAAUGCGAAUCAGGGUGCUGUGGCUAGAAACAUACAGAACUAUGACUCACCAAAACCUCCUGUACCAGCCAAGAACACAUACAAACCUGACCAAAACAAUUCCCAUAUAACAGUGACAGUCGAAACUGGAAAAGAUAACACAAAAGACGCUCCUAAAAGCAACAAAUCGGUUAGCAAAACUUAUCACACUCUAAAAGACAUGAUAUCGAGUAGAUUUAAAAAUAAAGACGGGAAUGAUGCAGAGAAAAACAAUGAGGAAGCUAGACUUAAUAAUAAUGAAGAACGGAAAAAGCCAGACCAAGAACCAGUAACGCCACGAGAGACACCUAGAAAAGUUGAACAAGGAAUUUAUGGAAGACCAAUGCCACAGAAUCGGCCUGACAUGCAAUAUAGUCAACCCAUGCCCAACAAUAUGGCUUAUCACAGCCCUUCCCCUCAUAGACAGUUAAUUCACCAGCAACAGCAAAUAGUCCAACAACAAAUGAUGUUGAACCAUCAGGCUCGCUCUCAGGAGAUGUUGGCUCACCGACCACAAGCUUUGGGUGCAGACGCUCUCUACCAAUAUGGACCACCGGGAAGACGUAGUGCUGUUUAUCAAAGAGAAGACUUGAGAUCUUUAGCAAAUUUCACAUCGCUGAAGACAGCCCCACAACCACAAUUCGAAAAUUCACAUUCAAGACUUGAUCUCAGAAUUCCACAACAAUUAGAAAGGGAUAUUGGAAGGCAAAGAGGAUUGGGUGAAGGAAGGAGAGCAGCGUCACAUCCGCAUCUUCUAGAAGAACCACAACAUCGACAAGAAAUAGUUAGCCCCCAAAUUCAUAAUCGAUCUAGGAGAAAUUCCCAAGCAAACUUGUUAGAUGCAAUAUCUCAUGAAAAUGAAUCCACAAGAAAUAACGAAGAGCGGGAGUCUGAUGACGGUGGUUUUAGACUGAGGCAUGCCACCCAAAGUAGGUUAAGUUAUGAAGAAAGAAUACGAACAAGUGGUCGGUCUUUAGAAUCACACCACGAAAGAUCUCAUGAAAUAUAUCGAAGGACACCCGAUAGCCAUAAAGAAUCAAGAAGAACGCCGGAUUCCUUAAGCCUAAGACAAAAAGAUGAACCUUCAACAUCCAGAGAAAUAGAGAGGAAUGACGAAAGUGCGAGUCAAAAAUCAGCAGACAGUGUAUAUAACUCCAGUGGAAAAGCCGAAGCGUACACCCCCCAGCCGUCUUCAUCGAGACAAACACCGAGCAGGAUCGAAGAUUUAAAGGCUCAUGGAAAGAAAGGACCCAGUGGAUCAGGAGCCAGUUCGGAUUAUGAUAAAACCGGCGGUCAAUCUUCCAACGUGGAUUCAGGUCGUGGGAGCGCUGCGAACUCAAGCGGGAGACGGGCGGAGACCACACGAGCACCUCCACAUGAUGCAAUAGCUGCACCAGAAAACGAAUGGGCAGAUUUAGUGGAGUGCGAGUUACGUCAAAUCCUGGAGCCUAAGCUCUCCAGCAUGAGGUUGGACAGCUCCGCCAGUUCUGAUGGAUCGGUCACGCCUCCACUACCGCCGCUGUCUCCAUCAUCAGAUCUACACAAACGAAACAGUCUUCCCGGGCGUGUUGAGUAUUCUGAUGAUCGGCGCCGCCGCGAGUCCCCUCGCUGGCCCUCCCACUCACACUCGCACUCACACAAGAAACCGUCAAAAAGAGAUCAUCAUUACAAGAAGCACUCCUUUGGUCCCGACACAACGGACGUCACUUCAACCACGACGCGCAGUCUGGAUCUGUCUUCCUUGUUAGACGCAAGAACAGACAGCGACGCGUCCACAGAUGCACGGGCUAUACGGAGACAGCUCCGAGGACUGGAGAACAUGUACGGGGAGGUGCUGCAGCUUUUGGGGGUCAGGAAACCAACUGGGAAGAACUCCUGGGAGGCACGGUUAACAUCCAAGCGUCGUUACGGCAGCAUGUCUUCACUGCCUUCCAGCUCCGUCAGCAGUCGACCUGUCAGAGAUAAAAGAAGGUCAUCCAACGAACAUCGGAAGAAGAAUGAUUAUAAGGGUAUAAACAAGCGCUUCCAGCGGCUUGAAUCUCACGUGGUGACUCUGGCUCGGUCGGUGGCUCACUUGUCGUCUGAGAUGAGAACACACCACUUGGUGCUGCAAGAGAUGGACACCAUCCGAGCUGAACUGGCCGCCCUCAGGCAUAUGUACAGAUCUGGCGCCCCAAGUCGAAGACGCACAUCAGGGUUCAGUGACCCCGAACGUGUUAAACGUCUCACCAAAUUCUUUGGAGACGAACCACCGCUCAUGAGACUGUUCCUCAAGAAACUUGGAUACGAGAAAUAUGCAGCCCUUCUUGAAAAGGAGAAAGUUGGCGCGGCUGAACUGCCCUACGUCGGUGAAGACAAACUCAGAGCCCUAGGAGUACCUUUAGGUCCUAGGAUGAGAAUACUCAAAGAGGCUGGGAUCCAUCAGGACCUUCAUUUAUCUAGAGAUGAUCAUAACACAACCACUACAUUGGCUAUAGUAUAA